AUGGCAAGAAAUCGUAAACGUUCUACAAUGAAAAGAGAAAAUAAAAGGCACGAUGAAAGUCAGAAAGCAAAAGGCAAAACAAAAGGGAAGCCGGUGGCCAAGAAAUGUGAGAAAUUGAGACGUAUCAUUACGGACAUGAAAUUCACAACAAAAUCAUUUAACAAUCACAUUGAUUCAAGCACUUACCAACAUAAUUUCAAUUUCACACAAGAAAGUCAAACGAGAAAACAUGAUGUCUUCAAAACAAAACAAAGCAGAACUGACACUGGAAAACAUUCACUCUUCAACAGACUCAUGACUAAUUACAACAUGUUUCUCAAAGAUCCAAGAUACCUCGAACACCAACCAACUGAUGACAAGCUAAAGCAGAUCAUUCGUGAUAACAUUGUAUCAAACGCAAAUGUUCCUUAA